AUCCAGUAUUAACAGUAACGUGUGCCUCGGCGGACGCAAGUGAAAAAAAUCGCGUUCUGCGUGCGUUUAAAAAUUAAAAUCCAUAAAGAGCAAACAGUCGGAGGAGGAGAGGUAGUCAGAGCCAUAGCCAGAAAGAAAUAAACCAGAAGAGGAGAAACAGAAGAAGAACCAGAAGCACAAGCAGAAGAAUAAGGAGCAAGCCCGAGGCAGGAGCAGAAGCAGUAGCUGGUGGAAAAGGAUAUUCGCCCACCUACACCACCACCACCACAACCACCAACAUCGUCAGCAGCACCACCACCAGGUGACAGCGAAACAAAGAGUCAGCACAAAUAUGUCGAGCGAUUCGAGUCGAAGGAUCCAGGUGCCAGAUGAGCUAAAGGAGGUCCUGUUGCAGUUUUCGAUCGCCUUUCUGGUCGAACAGCCACCGGAUGUGAUCGACUAUGCCGUCGAAUAUUUCACCAAACUGCAAGCCGACCGUCCCACGGUGAUCACGGACCAGAGUACCGAUGACCAGGCUAGCGUCAACUCACAGGAUGCCGAUGAACCACCAGUUAUGGCCACUUCUCGCCGCAAAUCAGUCUUCGCCGAGGCCUACGAUCCGGAGGCAGAUGAUGACGAUGAUGGUGCCACUGCCGUAUUCCCCAAGACAGAUGAACAGCGGGCCCGACUUGUCGAAUCGGUGAAGAACGUCCUUCUCUUCCGUUCCCUCGAAAAGGAGCAGAUGAACCAAGUCCUGGAUGCGAUGUUCGAGCGAAAGGUUCAGCCAGGCGAUUAUAUCAUUCGCCAGGGCGACGACGGCGAUAACUUUUAUGUUAUUGAAUCUGGCAUCUACAAAGUGUAUAUUAAUGACAAGCACAUUAACACCUACAAUCACACUGGACUCUUCGGUGAAUUAGCGCUGCUCUACAACAUGCCCAGAGCUGCCACCGUCCAGGCGGAAACGAGUGGAUUGCUGUGGGCCAUGGAUCGCCAGACCUUCCGGCGCAUCCUAUUGAAGUCGGCAUUCAGGAAGCGGAAAAUGUACGAGGAGCUGUUGAACAGCGUGCCCAUGCUGAAGGCUUUGCAGAACUAUGAACGCAUGAAUCUGGCAGAUGCUUUGGUUUCAAAGAGCUACGAUAACGGAGCACGCAUCAUCAAGCAGGGUGAUGCGGCCGAUGGCAUGUACUUCAUCGAGGAGGGCACCGUGUCCGUCCGCAUGGACCAGGAGGACGCCGAGGUGGAGAUCUCGCAGCUGGGCAAGGGCCAGUACUUUGGCGAGCUGGCUCUGGUGACACAUCGGCCACGUGCCGCCUCCGUUUAUGCCACGGGUGGUACCGUCAAGCUAGCAUUCCUGGAUGUUAAGGCCUUUGAGCGUUUGCUGGGUCCCUGCAUGGAUAUUAUGAAGCGCAACAUUGACGACUACGAGUCGCAGUUGGUGAAGAUAUUUGGCAGCAAAAACAAUAUCACCGAUACACGAUAAAAAGUCUGAACAACAACCAACAAAAACCACCAUCAAAAGCUACAACAAACAGCAACUGAAAAGCAACAACGGUCACUUGCAGGCUUAUUAGGGAUUUUAUUUUGUAUGUUUUUUUUUUUUCAUUAGAAUUGAGCAAUACCACAGACAACAAACAAGCAACAAACAAUAAACAAACAAAGCACAAAUACCAAACACACAAGGACACAAAAAUAAUUUAAACUUAAUCCUGAAUAUUUGAUAAUUGAAAUUAAUCUAUAAUACUAUAAUAACGAUGACGAUGUUGAUCAUGAGAAGAAGCUUAGCAAUGUUUCUUAAAUCUAAAAAAAUGUAAAACAAAAAAAACCAUUAUGAAAAAAGCCACAAGCAAGUUAAGAAUUGUAUUGUAUGUAUUUAGCAAUUGUAAUUUGUAAUGUAAUUAAUUGGGCAAAAAUGAAUUCAAAUGCAAUCAGCAAACAAAAACUCUAAAAAGUUAAAAAAAAAAAAAAACAAGAAAGAUUGGCUCAACUCGGGAAUGUUAAAAAUCUACUAAUUUAAGUUUUGUUUUAUAUCAUAUAUCCUUUUUGUUAUUCAUUGAUUUAUUCAUAGUUUGUUUCAUUGGCUGCUAAUUAUACGAUAAGUGAAAAACAAAAAAGAAAAAAACAAAAGGCGAAAGCUAUAAUUAAAUAUAUAUCAAAUAAGAGCAACUUGAACCACACACAUCAGCAAGCUAAGAGUUUCCAAACCCACACGUAUAUCGGACAAAUACUUACACAACUAAAGAAACUAAUUUUCAUAAUGAGAACCCUAAUUUAAUAUUGAAUCUAACAAAACAACCAAUCAAUGUAUGUACUAGUCUAUACAGCUGGACGGACAGGCGUUUCAGCCAGCGAGUUGGGGAGGCGAUUCAAGGAUAUCAGAUUUUCAAGUCCAUUUCCCAAAACACGAUAACGAAAACGAUUCGCGGCGAUCUCAUGAGCAAGUGCUAUAUUAUCAGUUCGGUUCUCAGAGAGGUGGAGGAGGACGAGGAGGGAUUUAAUCGGAAAUUACGAGAGGUAGAAGCUAAAGGCACAAUCAAUAUGUUGCAUGGGAUCAACUUAGAAAACUUUGAGCAAAAACUAGCGAAAAAAACUAAAAUUAAACAGAGAGAAAGGGCGGGACAACUAAAUAUGUAGUAGAGAGAAAGUGAAAGAGAAAGUUGUGUGUUUAAAAUGCUUUAGAUUGUUCUCCUUACGAUGUGUAUAUUGUGUAUGUCUUUUAUUAUCGCGGGCCCUAGAGCAUCCUGUUAGGUGAACCAAUCAAAGCAAUAUCGACCUGAGCGGAUCGGCCUGGAUGUGGAUAAGAUGUGUACUUAGUAUAUUCCCGUUUUUGUUGCUGUUCAAUACCUGUACUACCCUAUAUCUACAUCUAUUUAUAUAUAUAUAUAUCUAAAUAUAUAUAUCUAUUUAUAUAACUGAAUGAGCUUAAACUAUGGUAAAGCCUAAAACCUAUACCUACUAAACCGAAUCCAACUACUUUUUAUGUGAAUGUGUAACCCCAUUGUUUUGAACAAAACAGCGUAACUAAACAAAUCCUAGAUGAAUAAUCAGUGAACAUGCAUAUAAAAUAUAUAAAUAGGUAUAAUAUUAAAUUAAAUCAAUUCAACUGGCAUACCAACAGUCAAGAGGUGUUCAAAGCUAAAAGAAACUACAUAUAAUACAAGAAACGGAGAAAAUAUCAUAUAUGUAUCUUGCUGCAAGCUAGCAUCGGCUCGCAAGCUGCAACAUAAUAAAUCUAUAAUAUAUACAAAUAUGUUUUUAAUCUUAAUUGGUGUCUAGUCUAUGUUCAAGACUUUAAAGCAAACAAAUUCUUGCAAAUUUUCAAAACAAUAACAUAAAAAGAGAAAGAUAAACCUUAAUAUAUAUCGAAAGAGUAAUGAUCUAGAAACUAAUUAAGAACCAGAAAGUGCUGGCCAUUUUCUUCCACAUACCAACUACACACGCACACACCAUACGCACACACACACACACACACAGAACACACUCAAGCCAUACAUCAUAAAGCUCAAUAAAAAAAAUAUGUACGAGAACCUAAAAAGUCCUUCAGAAAUUAUGAACUUGACGCGCAAAUUUCAAACUUCACCGAAAAUGAAUAAAAAAAAAAAAAUAAGAAAAAUAGAGCUAUUCGUAUUUUAACUGUUGUGUUGUAAUUAUGCAUAAAGCGUAUUAAAUUAUGUAUGUGUAACAAGAUAUGAAUAAAAAAAAAAAAACAAAACAAACGAAAGAAAUAAAAAAAAAGAAAGCAUUAAGUAUAAAAUAUUUGAAAAAUGGUGUAGACACUGAAAAAAAAACAAAAACUUUAUUUACAUUAAUCGCCGAAGAUGCUGCAACUACCAACAACAACAAAAUAAAAUGCAAAUCAAUGAUAUCAUGCUUUCGCCAUAUAAAACCUUAAUUUUAAUUUUGUUUCGUUUACCGAUGCCAAAACAUUGAUUUUAAAUAACCUGCAGCUAAAUGAAUGGCAUAGAAAGUUAAUUUGUAAGACCGAAGCGAUGAUGAUUAUUAAGAUAUGGGAGAAUUCAACUAACUUCAUAUUAAGAUGUCCUUGUUAUGUCGCAAAAAAUUUAUGAAAAUAUAAAGUAAAAAAAAAGAUGGAAACAUGAAAAAGCAAGCAUGACGAAUGAUGAAUACAAGUUUAAUAAAUGCGAUAAAACAAA